ACGCGGCGCGGUGGUGGCGGAGUCACCCGGGCAGCCUCGGGACCGGUCACCGGCCGGCAGCCGUCCAGCGGCCUCGACCCCCGCCUUCGCCCUCCGUCAUCGGCCCUCACCCUCACUCGCUCGCUCGCUCUCUCUGGGGCCGACAGGCCGCGUCACCGACAGGGGCUGAGUCCCCCUUCUCGUGCUUCUCGGUGACUCACCUCAGGCGGGUCGUUUUCCCUCCCGAGCGGCCGCCUCGGCGGGGCGAGGUUUCCGUGACGAACCUCCUGGGGCUGUCGUGGGGGCCGGCUCGGGCCGUGGUGGCGGCUGGAGCUUCUGGAAUUUUCUCACGCUGCGGGGGGUCCGAGGCCCACGAAGUUAUGCGUGUCCUCCGGGUGCUUGCAGCGGACGCCGGCUCCUAAAAGGGCGUCACACCCAGGCUCCGCCGACCGGGCAACCUCCAUUGAUCGAUCGUCCUGCUGCGCCUCCAGCGCCCUCUCCCUCUCGGGUCCCCUCCUCGGACUCCUGUCCCCCCUCUUGCCGCCCGGUCCCCACCCCUCGUGUGCGGCGGUUCUCCCUUAGAAGCGAAGGUGUCGGUUAUGAACCGGACUCCCUUCCCUUGAAUUGCUGGGUGGAGGAAGUCGGCGGCCGCGCGCCGCCCUCCGGGCCCGGGCAUGGGGGUGAACGCCGUGCACUGGUUCCGCAAGGGGCUCCGGCUGCACGACAACCCCGCCCUGAAGGAGUGCAUUCAGGGCGCCGACACCAUCCGCUGCGUCUACAUCCUCGACCCCUGGUUCGCCGGCUCCUCCAACGUGGGCAUCAACAGGUGGAGGUUUUUGCUGCAGUGUCUUGAGGAUCUUGAUGCCAAUCUGCGAAAAUUAAACUCUCGUCUGUUUGUGAUUCGUGGACAGCCAGCAGAUGUAUUUCCCAGACUUUUCAAGGAGUGGAACAUUACCAAGCUGUCGAUUGAGUAUGAUUCUGAGCCUUUUGGAAAGGAACGAGAUGCAGCCAUCAAGAAACUCGCCACUGAGGCUGGAGUGGAAGUCAUUGUGCGAAUUUCACACACCUUGUAUGACCUGGACAAGAUUAUAGAACUCAAUGGUGGACAACCACCUCUUACUUACAAAAGAUUCCAGACUCUCAUCAGCAAAAUGGAACCUCUAGAAAUUCCAGUGGAGACAAUUACUUCAGAAGUGAUAGAAAAAUGCACAACUCCUCUGUCUGAAGACCAUGAUGAGAAAUAUGGAGUCCCUUCUCUGGAAGAGCUGGGUUUUGAUACAGAUGGCUUAUCUUCUGCAGUGUGGCCUGGUGGAGAAACUGAAGCACUUACACGUUUGGAAAGGCAUUUGGAAAGAAAAGCUUGGGUAGCAAAUUUUGAAAGACCUCGAAUGAAUGCAAAUUCCUUGCUUGCAAGCCCUACUGGACUCAGUCCUUAUCUCCGUUUUGGUUGUUUGUCAUGUAGACUGUUCUACUUCAAACUAACAGAUCUCUACAAGAAGGUAAAAAAGAACAGUUCCCCUCCUCUUUCUCUUUAUGGGCAACUGUUGUGGCGUGAGUUUUUCUAUACAGCCGCAACAAAUAAUCCACGCUUUGAUAAAAUGGAAGGAAACCCCAUCUGUGUUCAGAUUCCUUGGGAUAAAAAUCCUGAAGCUUUAGCCAAAUGGGCUGAAGGUCGGACAGGCUUUCCUUGGAUUGAUGCCAUCAUGACACAGCUUCGUCAGGAGGGUUGGAUUCACCAUCUGGCCAGACAUGCAGUUGCUUGCUUCCUGACACGAGGUGACCUGUGGAUCAGUUGGGAAGAAGGAAUGAAGGUAUUUGAAGAAUUAUUGCUUGAUGCAGAUUGGAGCAUAAAUGCUGGAAGUUGGAUGUGGCUAUCUUGUAGUUCCUUUUUCCAACAGUUUUUUCACUGCUAUUGCCCUGUUGGUUUUGGUAGGAGAACAGAUCCCAAUGGAGACUAUAUCAGGCGUUAUUUGCCUGUCCUAAGAGGCUUUCCUGCAAAAUAUAUCUAUGAUCCCUGGAAUGCACCAGAAGGUAUUCAAAAGGUAGCCAAAUGUUUGAUAGGAGUUAAUUAUCCCAAACCAAUGGUGAACCAUGCUGAGGCAAGCCGUUUAAAUAUUGAAAGGAUGAAACAGAUUUAUCAGCAGCUUUCACGGUACAGAGGUCUAGGUCUUCUUGCAUCAGUACCUUCUAAUCCUAAUGGGAAUGGAGGCCUCAUGGGAUAUUCUCCUGGAGAAAAUAUCCCCGGCUGUAGCAACAGUGGGAGUUGCCCUCAAGGGAGUGGUAUUUUACAUUGUGGUCAUGGAGACAGUCAGCAAACUCACCUAUUAAAACAAGGAAGAGGCUCCCUGGGCACUGGCAUCAGCAGUGGGAAGCGGCCUAGUCAGGAAGAGGACACACAAAGUAUCGGUCCGAAGGUCCAGAGACAGAGCACUAAUUAGAGAACAUUCAGGAGGAAUGCUGUUGCAGCUGAACUUUGUGGGUAUUUCAGUACUUUUCCACUAAAUUAUUUUAAAAUGUUCUUCAUUGAUGGAAAGCAGUUACAUUUUGAAAUGCAUUGCUUCUAAUUACAUUUCCGUGCUUUUUAACUUUUUAAUGAAUUUCACACAGGAUGGGUGAUAAUUUGUAUAUAAAGAACUUGACAAAAGAGUUUGCUUAAUGUAAAUAUAGUCACAAUUAGCAUAGAUCCAUCAAUAUAUUUUUGAUAAAUUUUCAUGUAUGGUAAAAGUUAAAGUUACAAACUGAUAAUCUGUUAUAAAAUUCAGUUUUGAGAGUCAGUAUGGGAAAAUAGGAGGUUUUUAAGACUUUCUUAAAAGACUUUGUUAAAGGAAAAAUUUUUCUUGGCAUCAUUGAGGUAACUUUACAUUCUUUGAUAAUAUUUUAGAAAAUGUGUAUAAUUAAAUAUUGCUUAUUGUAACCUUAAAUAUAUACAGUACAUGUUUCAAGCUUCAUGUUUGCCUGUUCAGACCCAAACAUGUAGAAGGACCGUGUGUUCUCUGUCUCCCUUUUUUGUUUUUGAUAGCCAAAGUGACCUUGUUAUUAAAGUUUAUGUGAAUAUG